GAUACCAAAAAGAUGGACUGUCCUGUCAAGUUCACAGUUCAUUAUCUCAUCAGAUUUCCUGAUUUCAAGAUUGAAGAGGACAAACAAUCAGCAAAAGAUAAAGUUUCCAAAGCCCUGAAGGAGGCACUAGCAAAAGAUCCGUCAGCGGUUAAGGCCGUUUGGGAAUAUCGAACACGCUUCCCAGCCAUGGACGACCAUAGAAACCACCCAACUGUUGGAAUGGUUGCUGAAUUGAGUCAGCCGGUGGAUGACAGAAUCAGACAACAGGUGGAAAAGAUCACCGAGGGUGGUGCCAAAACAGUGAGUGAGGUAAAGCACCACCUGAGCACAUUCAUCACCAAUGAGCUGUUCAGAGGCGAGACUCCUCCUCCUACAACACAACGGAAGUACUACCCGACUGACAGAGACCUGUGGAACAUUAUGGCGAAAGUAAAUGAUUCAACAAGGAAUUCAUCACAGGACCAAGCCAACCUGCAGAUUCUGUCCACAAGAUGGGCGCGGCAAGAGGACUGCAAGGUCAAGUUUCGCCCGAGUGAAGUCCUUGAGGAUGGUACGAAGACCAACGUCCUCUUCUGUUAUCAAACAGCAUGGCAGCAGAGAUUAUUACUUUUGUAUGGCCAGCAAAUGUGUCUGCUCGAUGCGACAUACCGCACAUGUCGUUACGAUCUCCCACUUUUCUUUCUGUGUGUAAGAACAAAUGUGUGCUACACCGUUGUUGGAGUCUUUGUCCCACACACAGAGAGGACAGUGGACAUCAGAGAAGCUCUCCAGGUCUUCAAGGACUGGAAUCCAGAGUGGAACCCCUCCCACUUCAUGGUGGACUUCUGUGAAGCAGAAAUUGGUGCCCUCGAAGAAGAGUUCCAAGAUGCCAAGGUACUGCUGUGUGACUUCCAUCGUGAAAAAGCAUGGGUGGAGUGGGUGCGCAAGAGAGAACAUGGUGUAAGUCACGUGCAAGCCACAGUACUUAACCUUCUGAGGGACAUUGCAGCUGCUGGCACAACUGAAGAGUACGAGAGAUGCCUGUCCCUGCUUCGAGAAUCAGAAGUGUGGAAGGAGAAUGAGAGGCUGCUGGCAUGGUUCUCCAAUAAGUGGCUUAAAUGUACUAAGAGGUGGGUGCAAGCUUUCAAGGAUGAAGAUCUGAAGGUGGCGAUUUACACCAACAACGGGGUGGAGAGACAAAACGAGACGUUGAAAUACUCCCACCUUGAUGGCCGUAAAAGGAGAAGCCUCACCGAGAUGAUCACAGUAGUCGUAACAGACUUCUUGGCGACAGCAUAUCGAAAGUACAUUCAACUGAACGUGGCAUACAGCUCGUGCUAUCGAAAAUAUCAUACCGACCUACCCACCUACCUUAAGGACAGGCCAAGAGGAGUUGUAUUGCAUAUCAUGGCAAGGUUGCAAGAAGCCCAGUCCUACGAGCAAGACGACAUUGUCUCCAUUGGCCCGGGAAUCUUUCAAGUCAAGAGCAGCAGCAAGCGCAGCCAACAACACACAGUCAACUUUGGAGCAACAUCUACCAACAUGCCAUCCUGCACAUGCAGAGAUUGGUUAAAGCACAAGUUGCCGUGUAAACAUUUCUGCUCAGUCUUCAACCUACAACAAGAAUGGGGCUGGGAGAAGCUGUCAGCAGUAUAUAGGGACAAUCCCCUCUUCUCCUUAGACAGUACACUGCUAUCUUCAAGUUCAAGCACCUGUACUUCAAGUGAGACGGAUGACAGCAGCAGUCCAUCAUUAACAUCCACAGCAGAUCCACCACCACCUUCUCCCACACCAUCACCAGCAGUACAUGGUGAGCUCCCUGUAAGCAAGCCGAAAAGAAGUAAACAACUGCAGAGGGAAUGUGCUAGCCUGCUGAAAGAAAUGACAAACAUAACGUACAAUCUUCAGGAUGAACUCUACCUCACGUCCAUGAAGGAGCAACUAUCAUGCUUGUUGGAGGAAAUGGUGGGACACUCAGCACAUGAUGGAACCUUCCGCGUCAGAAGCCCCCAAAAAAGGAAAAGGAAGAUGACUGAUAGCCAUGCACUACCAACUCUGCCUCCAAAACAUCCUUACUCAAAGAGGGUUGGCCAUCAUGCAGAUAUGAUGAAGUCUGCAUUUUGGGUCGAUGUCAGCCUGGAUGAUAACAUGGAGAAAGAGCAAGAGCUGGAGACAACAGUAGUGGCAGACAUCGAGGAAGAGCUGGAGACAACAGUAGUGGCAGACAUCGAGGAUGCUGAAACAACGGAAAAGGAUGAGGAGGAAUGGCUUAAGAUUAACAACAUCCAGUUGACAGAAGAAGACAGAAAGCUCUUGCAGCAAGAUGAAUGGCUUAACGAUAAGCACAUGAACUGUUCCCAGGGGCUCAUCAAGAAGGAGUACCCAUGCAUAGAUGGGUUGCGGGAUACAGUGGUCCUGCAGGCAGGUCAGCAACAAGACCCUAUCCCAGCACCAAAUGAUUGCAUACAAAUCCACAGCAUCGGACAACACUGGGUUGUGUCUACAACCGUUGGAGGGGGUACCGGUGUGACAGUGUUUGAUUCCCUAAGUCCAUCUAUGAAUGCUGAGCUGCGUAAGCAACUAGCUACAAUGUAUGGCAGUUUUGCUGAAGGGCAAGAUGGAGUAAUCCCUGUCACUGUCAAAUGCGUGCAGAAGCAGAACGGCAGUAACGACUGUGGAUUAUUUGCAGUCGCAAAUGCUGCGGCUCUGGCCGAGGAAAUAGAUCCAUCCACAGUACAGUUCAACCAAACGCAAAUGAGACAGCACUUGGAGAACUGCCUUGCGACAGAAUCGAUUAGCAUGUUCCCACAUAGUCAACGAAACGCACCAGACAACAACAUCAAGGAAACCAGCUAUCAGCUAACAAUAUAUUGCAUCUGCAACUUAUACAAGCCAGGACAAAUGAUCUCGUGUGAUAGAUGUGAUGGAUGGUACCACUGUGCCUGUGUCAAGUUGAGUAACAGUGAUGUUGCUGACAUUGUAGCAAAUAACCGGGAAUAUGUCUGUCUUAAGUGUUCCGGUCUCUCAUGUGGUCUCUAAUGAAAGGAAUACGGUAUGGUGAGCACACCAGCAGCGGAUUACUGUAGGACAGCUCUUGUCUGGACUGUACCAUCUGAAGUAGAAAGGAUCCAAACACUGCAUAUGUUAGUUAUUGUAUCAUUCUGAUUCUCGCAGCUCUGUCCCGUGCUCGCGUAUAACAACAUGCUUCGCCUCGUUCCAGCCAGACCCGCUUCUCCAGCUUUUCAGCUUCCCCCAACACCACGUCGCCCAUUACGUCCGCUCACCGGCUCAGUCCUUGACAAAGCCUUCGCGCGCUUGGUCAACAAAGCAGGAUUGCCACCCCGGUAUCACACCCUACAUGACUUGCGUCGAGGAGGCUACACCCUGGCCUUUGAGGCCGUGGUUCCACGCGAACUUCGCCGUCACCACGGAGACUGGAAAUCUGACGCCGAUCUCCUCUACCUGCAACUCACCAUGGCGCAACGGUCCCUGCUGUGCCACCGGAUUACCUAAUUCCGAUGCUACACACCUCCAUCUACCAUCUUCAAGUUUGGGCUUCUCGUUACACUCGACCUGGCCUGUGAUGUCUUUAUUUCCUGAUUAAAGACGUCAAUUGUCCAAACUUCUACCGACUUUGUCAUCCUGAGUGAGAUUAAUUAUGAGAGGAUAAGGCCCGGGGACGUUAUCCUCAAGAAUUUGGCCAUGUGACUAAUGACCAGGCAUGCGCAGUGCGGCAACAGAGCUUCGAACGAGAGACAGCUUCACCACCAUCCCUCCCCCGCAGCUAAAGAAUUGUAUAAACAUUCUGAACUUGAAUUUACAGAAACUGUCAAAAGACCUUACAAGCUGUCGAUCACCCAACUCUUGUUCACCCAAAACCGAAGGACUCUAGCACUUAUUGUUGAUAGAACACAGUGCAUGCAUUCUCGUAAUCAACCGCAGCCGAAGAACUGUUAUAUGAACUUUGACCCAUGAACUUGUCAUAUACAUGUAGGUAUGUUAGUUAAGCAAGCACGGUUCGACUCAACUUGCCGUAGGAGCACAAUAAGUUGCGGCUCAGCGUUACAUUCCAGAAGGAGUGACUCUCGCUGCCCGAAAUUCACUUGGCAGCUUUAGUUGUGUUAUACAUGUAGUACCAAAUUGCAAGUUACAUAUGUAGUUGACGUUAUCAAACUUUCCAUGCAAUUCCUCUGAGAAUCAAAGAGUUACAGUCGAUAACUGUCCAGUUCAAAAUGUUAUGAUAAACAAGAUAUUAUUCCGGCAACAUCGUGCCGAUUUCCUCUCCGUUGUUUGACAAGAGCAUGAUUCAUAGUUAAAUUUAGGUGUCAGUAACUUUGUUAUACCGCCAUGCACUUAUUUCAUGAGUCCAAUAGAAGACGUCCAGUAUUGUUAAACCGGACAAUCCUUUUUUCGCUUACACUGCAGUCUGCAAUAUUUCUUAAGGUGUUGCCAAGUAGUUGGACUUGGCCUGUGAUGUCUUUAUUUCCUGAUUAAAGACGUCAAUUGCUCAAACUUCUACCGACUUUGUUAUCCUGAGUGAGAUUAAUUUGGCCUGUAGACGAUGGAAACACACCUUACACACCUGUACAGAGUCUCACCUGGCCUGUAGACAAUUGAAACACACCUUACACACCUGUACAGAGUCUCACCUGACCUGUAGACAAUAAAACACACCUUACACACAUGUACAGAGUCUCACCUGGCCUGUAGACAAUGGAACACUGUUCAAACACACCCUUUGCUACCUCUACAGUGUCUUUCCAGGCCUGUAGACGAUGGAAACACUGUUCAAACACACCUUAGCUACCUCUACAGAGUCUCACCUGGCCUGUAGACAAUGGAACACUGUUCAAACACACCUUAGCUACCUCUACAGUGUCUUUCCUGGCCUGUAGACGAUUGAAAAACCCUUUAAUACACAC